GAGCCCAGCGGCCAGCAUGUCCUCUGCUCACUUCAACCGAGGCCCCGCCUACGGGCUGUCAGCCGAGGUCAAGAACAAGCUGGCCCAGAAGUAUGACCGCCAGCGGGAGCAGGAGCUGCGGGAGUGGAUCGAGGGGGUGACGGGACGUAGCAUCGGCAACAACUUCAUGGACGGCCUCAAAGACGGCAUCAUCCUUUGCGAAUUCAUCAAUAAGCUCCAGCCUGGUUCUGUGAAGAAAGUCAAUGAGUCAACCCAAAAUUGGCACCAGCUGGAGAACAUCGGCAACUUCAUCAAGGCCAUCACCAAGUAUGGGGUGAAACCCCAUGACAUCUUUGAGGCCAAUGACCUGUUUGAGAAUACCAACCACACCCAAGUACAGUCCACCCUCCUGGCCCUGGCCAGCAUGGCCAAGACGAAAGGAAACAAGGUGGACGUGGGAGUGAAGUAUGCGGAGAAGCAGGAGCGGAAAUUUGAGCCAGAGAAGCUAAGAGAAGGGCGGAACAUUAUUGGACUCCAGAUGGGCACCAACAAGUUUGCCAGCCAGCAGGGCAUGACGGCCUAUGGCACUCGGCGCCACCUCUACAACCCCAAGCUGGGCACAGACCAACCCUUGGAUCAAGCCACUAUCAGCCUGCAGAUGGGCACCAACAAGGGAGCCAGCCAGGCUGGCAUGACUGCACCCGGGACCAAGCGGCAAAUCUUCGAGCCAGGGCUGGGCAUGGAGCACUGUGACACCCUCAACGUCAGCCUGCAGAUGGGCAGCAACAAGGGAGCCUCGCAGCAGGGCAUGACGGUGUAUGGGCUGCCCCGCCAGGUCUACGACCCCAAGUACUGCCUGACACCCGAGUACCCCGAGCUGGAUGAGCCGGCCCACAACCACCACUUGCACAAUUACUACAACUCGGCCUAGGGGUGGGAGGCUGCCUGCUGCUCUUGGCUGGACCCAGCCUGGCCCAGUCCACCCUCGCCCCCUGCAUGGCGCCCGUCCUCCAGCCCCCUGGCACCUGCCUACAGGUUUAAGAGUUUGGGGAGAGCAGACUGGAUGGGGGGCUGCGCGGAGGGAGGGGGCCCUCCUUCCUGCAGCACUGCAGGGUCCAGCCAAGGACCGGGUGUUCCCAAUCGCAUCCCAAGGAGGCACUGAGCACGGCUAUUCCGGCUGUCCCCCCAACUCCCUCACAGGUGGGUGCCCCCAGGACAAGAAGCCCCCCCACCCCCGCCAGCGAAGCCCCCAGAGCCCAGGCUCGGCUGUCCCCACCCCAUUCCCACAGGGGGAGCAAACUGCAUGCCCAGGGGACUCAGCGGACACGCGCAGUUUGGUUUGCAGCGGCUGGCGUCCGUGAACGUGACAGCGGUGUUUGUAACGCGAGCACUUUCUUCUUCCAUUUCACUGGAGCACAAUAAAUACGGCUGUACAACUGCC